ACAGUGAUCAGUGACACACUGUCGUGACUUAGUGAGUAGUCGUCAGUCCAUAGCUAUUAGUACAGAUUUAUACUUUGGUAAAUACUACAACUACUUGAGUUACUAUAAUUCUAUAGUUUAUUCAAUGUCUCUUUUACUGUGACAACUGAUAACAACAUUUGUGUUGAAAGUAUUAACUUUGAUAUUUUGAAGGGGUUUAUCCCUCAGAUUUCCCAUCGAGCACUGUUAAUCAAAAACAAUAUACAAUGUGUGCUAAAAUGGCAUUCACUCAUCAACCUGGCACCGCCAUGGAGUGCCUUAGUAUACCUAUUACUUUAACAAAAGAAUCUGCUAUUGAUACUGAUGGUCGUGAAUUAUUGAAAUGUGGGUUCAAAAUUGGUGGAGGCAUUGAUCAAGAUUUUAGGAAAAGUCCUCAAGGAUAUACAGAUAAUGGUAUUUAUGUAACUGAAGUACAUGAUGGAAGUCCUGCGUCUAGGUCUGGUUUACGAAUACAUGAUAAAAUAUUACAAUGUAAUGGAUAUGAUUUUACAAUGGUAACCCACAAAAAAGCUGUGGAUUAUAUUAAGAAGCAUAAAAUACUAAAUUUAUUAGUUGCUCGAAGAGGUGUUACAUCGACAUAGAUUGAUUAUUGAAAACAUGAAAAAAGUCAUCCAAUAUUACUACAUACAACCAAAGGUUAUCAAUAAUUUAAUUAUUUAUCCUAUUUACCAUAGUUGUUAGUAAUUUUUUUUACUACCUACCUAUUUUAAAAUAAAUAAUUUUAUUAAUAAGUUUAGUUUUUUGCUACUUGAACAAAGUUUUGGUAUUAUUAUAUAUUUUUUAUUAUGGUGUAUUGGUAUAUACCAAUUCUGUUUAUCAGUGUUAUCUUGUACUUACCUAAAUGGGAUCAAUUCUUUCUAUUUUAUUCCAAAUAUAUAAUUUAUCAUCACUUUUUAUUAUAAAAAAAUAUGUUUGUUGAGAUUUGAUAUGUUAAAAUUGUAAUAAUGUUAUUAUUAUAUUUUUAAUAUAGUUUUGUUCAUUUCAUUUGUAUUAUCCCUGUGGGAUCAAUUCCUAGUAUUAUAUACUAGGAAUUGCUAGUUUUAUUCCAAGUAUAUAAUUUUACCAACACUUAUAAAUAUAUAUAUUUUUCUUUUGUUUGGAAUUUCAUGUGUUAUAAUAAUUAAAUAGAAUGAGCUUUAGUUUAUACCUAUUU